GGAGUGGCCCUCUGCCAAUGCCCACAGAGGCACAGAGCACUCUCCCGUUUGACCGAAAACCGCGAGGGGAGAGAGGCGCCGGCCGGUUGGGAGGCGAGGGCAGCCUUCUCCACGAACCGGGCGGUACGUGGCCGCGCGCCCGGCUGUGUCCCCAGAGCGCCGCGGGAAGGGAGAGGCUCAGAGCGACAGGUGCAGCCCGCAGCCACUCCCGGGACGUGGGAGACGACCUGCAGGGGCUCGGAGUCGGUAAGGCGCGGAGAGGGCUCUGUCCACCCCCAGGGCUGCACCGGCAGGUCCCUCCUCCCGGGUGCGGGCGGAUCAGCGGGCGGUGGUGCCUGGGCAAGGGGAGCCCUGCGUUCUCCGGACAACCGGCCCGGUCUGGGAAGGUCCAGUUCCGGCUCCGGUCCGUGUCCUCUCUCGGGCAGCCCCGUCCAAAAAGACGGUGCCACGAGGCACGGGCGCCCGGGCGCGUGCCCAUCAGGGAGGCUCAGGCUCAGAAACUCGCGCUCUGCGUGCCAGGGGCUGGGUACCCCGGCUCCCCGCGGCGCCUUCCUUCCCCGGCCAGCACCCUUCGCCGGCGCGACCCGGGCGCCCCCCGCGCGCCAUGGAGCUGGCGGCCGGGAACCUCAGUGAGGGGAACGCGAGCGGGCCCGAGCCCCCCGCCCCGGACCCCAGGACUCUUUUCGGCAUCGGCGUGGAGAACUUCAUCACGCUGGUGGUGUUCGGCCUGAUCUUCGCGCUCGGCGUGCUGGGCAACAGCCUGGUGAUCACGGUGUUGGCGCGCAGCAAGCCGGGGAAGCCGCGCAGCACCACAAACCUGUUCAUCCUCAACCUGAGCAUCGCCGACCUGGCCUACCUGCUCUUCUGCAUCCCCUUCCAGGCCACGGUGUACGCCCUGCCCACCUGGGUGCUGGGCGCCUUCAUCUGCAAGUUCGUCCACUACUUCUUCACCGUGUCCAUGCUGGUCAGCAUCUUCACCCUGGCCGCGAUGUCGGUGGACCGCUACGUGGCCAUCGUGCACUCGCGGCGCUCCUCCGCCCUGCGGGUGUCCCGCAACGCGCUGCUGGGCGUGGGCGUCAUCUGGGCGCUGUCCAUCGCCAUGGCCUCGCCGGUGGCCUACCACCAGCGCCUCUUCCACCGGGGUGUCAGCAACCAGACCUUCUGCUGGGAGCAGUGGUCCAGCCAGCGCCACAAGAAGGCCUACGUGGUGUGCACCUUCGUCUUCGGCUACCUGCUGCCACUCCUGUUCAUCUGCUUCUGCUACGCCAAGGUCCUUCAUCAUUUGCAUAAAAAGUUGAAGAACGUGUCAAAGAAGUCAGAGGCAUCGAAGAAAAAGACUGCGCAGACGGUGCUGGUGGUGGUCGUGGUUUUCGGGGUCUCCUGGCUGCCUCACCACGUCAUCCACCUCUGGGCUGAGUUUGGGGUCUUCCCACUGACGCCCACCUCCUUCUUCUUCCGGAUCACCGCCCACUGCCUGGUGUACAGUAAUUCCUCCGUGAAUCCCAUCAUUUACGCGUUUCUCUCUGAAAAUUUCAGGAAGGCUUAUAAGCAGGUGUUCAAGUGCCACGUUCGCAAUAAGUCACCUCUUAAUGACACUAAAGAAAAUAGAAGUCGAAUAGACACCCCGCCAUCAACCAAUUGCACUCACGUGUGAAAAAAGAUCAGCGUGUUCUUCGUGCGGCGUUUCCAUACUUGUGGAGUAGACACGUAAAAAAUACAAUGAGGUGUUAAACAAGGCAGCAACUUGUUAUCUUAACAACAAUUCAUAUUAUAUUCAUUAAAUUCCACUUAUGUUUAAAAAGUACUUUGAUCUACCUGGAAGAUCCCUAGGUCUAGUGAAGAUUAUUUCUAAAUUUUAUUUUAUUUCUAAAUUUGAUUCCAUAAGCGAAAGAGAAUAAAAUAGUUUUAUACCUCUUAAGAAAUGAAAGUUUAAUAGAAUUCCCUACAUUUGUUCAGUUCUUCAUAGGAUAAGGAAUAAGGACCUAGAAAGAGGGCCAGGAAUAUUUGUGAUCUACAUUUUGAAGCAAAUUUAUUUAGAAAACGUGUUUGUGCUUUAGUUCUUCAAUUUUAAGAUAAGGGAUAAUAUUAAAACUGUGUGUUUUAAAAUACGAUCAUGGACACAUGAAAGUGUUCCCUGAGUUUUAUUUUUGCGACUGUUUAUAUAGAGACACUGCUAUUUGAUGGAAAUAAGUUUAGUGCACAUGUCACAUUUGCUCCCAGUUGUAAGUAGUGUACAGGGCUUCUGAGUUGUGCUGCGUCUGUCUGCAAUCAUGAGGUCCAUUAAGUUUAUCUCAGGAGGUCAGGAGGUGUUGCGGCCAUGACCCUGGGUGUCAGCCAUCGGGAUGUCAAUUAAAAGCUAUCCUGUGAACUUAGUCUUUAUUGAGUUGACUAAAAAAAUCAGGGAAAUCACCACCUGCAACUCUUCUAAUAGUGGAAGCUGUGAAUGAGAUUUGAGAAUGAAAUUGGACAUUAAAAUUAUAUAUAUACAUAUAUAUAUAUACACACACACACACACACAUAUAUAUAUAUAUAUGGCAAGGUAUUAGCUAUGCCUUGAAUGUAAUCUACCCCAAAGAGAGAAUUUUAAAAAUGUCAGUGAAGAUGAUGUACAGAAAAUAAUUUCCAUAAAUUCAGAAAUUAGCAAGUCAUGUGAGAUAAUUGUCAUGCCAUGUGAGGAAGGCAUAUACUAAAUGUUUGGUUCGGAUAAAUUUUGAAGAAAACAAAUCUUAUGAGUGGCUCUACCCAGGGAUACCAUAUCUUGUACAAACAAAUGCUUUUUUCAUUAAAUUUGUAAUGAUGUCUAAUGCACCUUUGCCCCAAACAUCAUUCCCUCUGGAAAUGUUCAUUUGGGGUUCAAAUCCUCAUGACUUGAGUUUCAAAUGUAGUUUUUGUGAUGAUUUCAUAUUUACAAUGAGAAAAUAGUAUGAAAAGAUUAAAUGAUCCUAUAUUAGAAAAUAAUUCUCAGACUGUAAGACUUCGAUCUAUUUUAGGAUGAUACAAAAGCAAGAAGAUUUUUUAAAAAAGAAAUUUGUGUAAUGUACACCUACCUGUGUCAAAUCAGGACUUCAUGUGAAAUACCAAAUUUUAGAUCAAAAAACCCAACUCGAUGUAAGUCUUUGCACGUUAACUUCUCUAGUUCAUGAAUUUACUUUCAAAGUUAUAUUCCUCCAGAAAACGGUGUUUACCUUUGCAACGGUAUAAAUAGUUCUCUGGACGGAAUAGGAGAAAACUGUCAGAGAGCGUGGGAAAGCAAGCGCUUUCGUGUUUGAUGGCCAGGGAAAAAUUAUGUAUAUGUGUAUGUGAGUAUUUUUAAGAACAACAUAAGUCCUUUGCACGGAAAAUUUGUUUGCACUUUAUUCAAAUAUAGCAGCAGAUACAUUUUAUCCUGAUGAUGAUACCUCAUGUGCUUUGCGGAACUUGAAGCUGCCGUUGUAAAUGCCGGGACAGCUUCUGAGUGUGUGAAUGCACGCGACUGCGCAAAGAGCUGCCUCCUGGUUGCCUUUGGACUUGCGUGGAUGACGGCGAUUCCCUGCACCAUGGCUGUUCUCUUGUUUUCCUCUUCUGUUUUCCACGCACUCAAAUGAGGUAUUAAAACAAAUACAGUAGCUAAUGCUGCUCUUUUCUAAAAAGUGUUGAGAAUGGGCUUCGACACGACGUAUUUACCCUUGUAAUGCCUUGGUCCCUCGCAGAUGACGUGAUCACGGACUUGCAAAACCCAAGUGUGCCGAGUGUACAAGCAGGUCGCUUCAUUUUGUGGUCACAUAGGAUAUUCUUCCCGCCAUCGUCAUUGUAAUCAAUUCCUCUUGUUCAGAGUUGAGGUUAUCUCUUCCUCUAAUGGGUUUUGUUGCUGAUGAUAACGUAGGUCUGCAAAGAUGUAAAACCCUGUAAAGUUUCCUGAGCGAGGGGUUGCAGAAGAACUUAUAUUGCAUCUGCCGACCAGCUGCUUCCUGGGGCUCCGAUGUCCUCAUGUGUAAUUAAAGGGACCCGUUCAGAGGCCCCGCCCCUUCUUCACUGUAUAACCCAGCCCCCUGCCUUACUCCCAGCAGCCAGGCUAAAGGAGAGACCCCCAGUGCGUCUUUCACGUCCGGCAGCUGGAUAAACCUUGUUUUUCGUGACUUUCAAAGAAAAUUGAUGCUUUGUCCUUAGAUGUGGCUGCUUUAGUGCUCCAGGGCAGCUGUUAUUUUUCUGGACCUUUUCCUUCCUCAUGGGGCGGUGGCUCUGGAAUAUUUACAUAGUGGGCAGGCAUGCUGGCUGUUUCAUAUGCAUAAGCAACAGUUUCGGUUCCCUGCUGGUGAAGAUAGGGACUCCGAUGAGGAGACUGUCUUGUCCUGUGUUCCCAGGAAGAGCGUAGAUAGUCUCUGCUGUUCUGACCACGCAUGUGCUCAGCCAGGUGAGGGCUGAGGCCGUUUUCUGAGUAUCGCAGGGAAAUACUUCUGCUGUAAAUGGGAUCGUUCUGCUGCACACAUCGGGAGUCAAACCAUCGUCUUCCCCUCCUCCGGCUUUCCCAACCCCUGUGCUUCUCUCCUAACUUGCUUCCAGGCAGCGUUCCUCACUCUGACAUAUACCAUAGUAAAAUUCCUCCUUCACCCCAGGCGUACCAGUGGAGGCAUGUCUGAACCGCCUGAGCCGUGCGCGGCUAAAAGCUUCUGUGACUCAACUUCCGGUUGGGAUCCUGCGGAUGACUGCAUUUGCUCAGUGUCUCAGAUGCGUUGAGAUGGUGCAGAAAUGAUUCCAAGACGUUAGCUGAAACCCAAGGUCAGACUUCUGGGCAGGAGAGAAUCCAUUCCCUUUCCACAGAUGCCACAGAUAAGCUGUACGAUCCCACGUGCUUGUGUUCAAGCAGCCUUGCGUUGAGUAAAGCAAUGUACUGUUCAGCUUCCUCAUGUUCUUGCUUAAAAAGUUAUUAAACAUGUAUAUAAACCACGUGGUCAUGUAAGUUGAGUCAAGAGAUCAAGGUGGCUCCUUCUGGAGACUUACCAUCUAAAAUUUGUCAAUUUCCAACUGCACUGAUUACAAAUAUCUUCCCGGUUUUAAAUUUGUAAAUGACUUUCUAUUUAAGGUAAUCAUGUUCUUCUUGGCCAUUAAAAGACGUUGCAUGUUAAGUUAUUUGUCAAGCAGAUGUUAACGACUUGUUUGUCUGAGGACGUGUUGAUUUUAAAAGUCUCUGUAGUCAGGGUAGGUGGCCUUAAAUGCCGAUGCUGAUUUGUCUUGGAAAGAAAAAAAUUGCAAAAUGGGUUUAAUUUGUGCUGUGUUUUAAUAUUUUCUCUUUUAGAAGUGGAAAAUUGAGCCUGCAGAGUGAUUUUAAAAGCUUCAGCAGCCUUGAUGUGGGCUGUGUGUACGUCAGGCAAGCGUGUCUAGGGGAGCGAGCUGUGCGUCGUCUGCAUCGCCCAGCAUUCUGUUUCUUUACCCGCGAAAGCACCACAGAUGGUCCAGAUGGUGGUUUCUUUUCCUACGUGAGUGUGAGUGGCAGGUGCACGCACUCCUGCCUCCUGCACCUGGGCUGCCACCCUGGGAUUCGGAGGUGGGCAGGUGUGCUCAGUGUGGCAAGAUACUCGGGACGUUCACAGGCCCUGGGCACUGCCCCUCUGCUGGGUCCUGCACUCACGCUCAGGGCACCUCCUGCUGCCCUGAGAGUGCGGGUUCUGUCCUGGGGGCAGCAGUAGUGGUGGGGACAUCUCAGGGAUGGAGAGUGGGAGGGGAAGUUGGCGAGUAAGCGCCCUACUUUUGUACACCUGGUGAAAUACCCUCAGCUGGGCUUUCUCUCCCAGUCUGUUUGAACAUUGGCCAAGUUUGCUGUAUUCAGACAGUUGUGCGAAGAGCCGAUCCUGUAGCUAAGGCUUUUGGUGUCACUUUGGGGUGGAGAGCCCCAUCCUUUUCUGUCUUUUUUUUUUAAAUUGAAGUAUAGUUGAUUUGCAAUGUUGUGUUAGUUUCUGGUGUACAGCAAAGCGAUUCAGAUAUAUAUAUAUAUAUAUAUAUAUAUAUAUGUAUAUAUAUAUAUAUAGAGAGAGAGAGAGAGAGAGAGAUGCUUUUCAGAUUCUUUUCCAUUAUGGUUUAUUACAAGAUACUGAGUGUAGCUCCCUGUGCUAUACAGUAGGACCUUGUUGUUUAUCUAUUUUAUAUAUAGUGGUAUGUAUAUGUUAAUCCCAAACUCCUAAUUUAUCCCUCCCCAGUUUCCCCUUUGGUAACCCUACGUUUGUUUUCUCUGUCUGUGAGUCUGUCUCUGUUUCACAAAUAAGCUCCUUUGUGUCAUAUUUGAUUCCAUAUUUAAGUGAUAUCAUAUGAUAUUCAUCUUUCUCUGUCUGACUUACUUCACUUAGUAUGAUCAUCUCUAGGUCCAUCCGUGUUGCUGCAGAUGGCAUUAUUUCAUUCUUUUUAUGGCUGAGUAAUAUUCCGUUGUAUAUAUGGACCACAUCUUCUUUAUCCAUUCAUCUGCCGAUGGACAUUUAAGUUGCUUCCAUGUCUUGGCUAUUGUGAAUAGUGCUGCUAUGAACAUGGGGGUGCAUGUAUCUUUUCGAAUUAGAGUUUUCUCUGGAUAUAUGCCUAGGAGUGGAAUUGCUAGAUCAUAUGCAAGCCCCAUCCUUUUUGCUGGGGAACAGUUUUCUGGCAAUCUCAAGGUGUAUUGCACAGCCCCCAAUUCUCAGCAUUUAGAGAAGUCAC